CCCGGAAGGCGGAAGUACACACACAUCGUCCCGAAAGUUUCCGGCUAUGCUGACCCACAAACCUCUCGGCAGCAUCCCGGCGGGGACACUUCAAUAUGGUCUUCCUCACGACGCGACUCUGGCUGCGGAACCGCGUUACUGACCGCUACUUUCGGAUCCAGGAGGUGCUGAAGCAUGCGCGGCACUUUCGCGGGAGGAAGAACCGCUGCUACCGGCUGGCCGUCAGGGCUGUCACCAGGGCCUUCGUGAAAUGCACCCGGGCCCGCAAGCUGAAGAAGCGGAACCUGAGGACCCUUUGGAUUAAUCGCAUCACAGGUGCCUCCCAGGAACAUGGCCUGAAGUACUCAGUGUUUGUUACCAAUUUAAUCAAGUGCCAGGUGGAGCUCAACAGGAAAGUACUUUCGGACCUGGCCAUCUAUGAACCAAAGACUUUUAAAUCUUUGGCUGCUUUGGCCCAACGGAGGCGACAGGAAGGAUUUGCAGCUGCCUUGGGGGAUGGAAAGGAGCCUGAAGGCAUAUUUUCCAGGGUGGUGCAGUACCACUGAGGGCUGCUGCACCGUGGAUCAGGAAAAUGCUUCUUAGGAACAGUGUGCUAUUUACUCAUUAGCUCAUAAACCUGGAUUGUGACUUUAUUUACACUUCAGUGCCAGGCCUGAGAGAAAAGACCCUGUCUUCUCAGUGGACAGAGUCUCAGAAGUGUCUUACAUAGAUUAUGCAUAUAAAGCUUUCACAGUAUU